AUGGUGCCGGAUACUGCAGUACCUCCGCCGACAGCAGCAGCAGCAGCAGCACCGGCUGGAUCGGGAACAUGUGAUUUCGCAGCAGCUCCGCCAGAUUUCUCGAAACCUCCGCCAACACUGGACAUCACUGGUGCUUCAAAUAAAAGCAGUACACCAGUACCGGCAGUACCGCCACAUCUGGCAAUGCAGUCUUCAACGAGCGAUGGACCUCCAGGAGUGGAUGAACCAGCACCGCCAGGUGCUCCAGCAGCUCCAAUGACGCGUCCACCUCCACUGAUGUCCAGGCCAACGUUCCCACCACCUGGUCUGGAACGUCGUGAUGUCAAAGAAGAAGAAAAAGAUCGGUCGGAUCGUGAUCGAGGUCGUGAACGUGAAAGGGAUCGUGAUUCGGACAGAUCUUCAAGACGUCAUCGUGAUGAUCGCGAUCGGGAUCGUGAUUCGGAUAGAUAUCGUGAGAAGGAGCGUGACCGAGAAUCACGCUCCAGACGUCAUCGUUCACGUAGCAGUUCUCCGUAUGAAAGUUCACGGAGUUCACGAAGAAAGGAAGAUCGGGACAGGGACAGAGAAAAGAGGCGCAGGAAAGAGGAUUCGGGAACCCGAAUAAAGGAAGAAAUUGUUGAUGAUAAAGAAAGUGAUAAAAAGGAAGAACGAGCUGAUCGAGAAAAAGACCGAGAGAAGGACAGGGAAAGGAAAAGAAGGCGUCACAGAAGCGAUGAUGAAAGUCCGGAGAAACGCGACAAAGAAAAGGACAAGGAGAAGAAAAAGAUCAAGAUCAAAGAGGAGCCGUCAACUUAA